AUGGCCGCUUCUUCCUUCGCCCUCGCCGUCGGCAUUGCUGCCCUCGUCGGCAACGCCGCAGCAUUCCCCAUAUCGGUGGGCGAUUUGACUGGGCGCAUUGAGGUGCAGGCGCACCGCGGCGGCUUGGGUCUGAGGAACGAGGAGUCUCUGUGGGCAUUCGCCUACGCGUUGGAGAUCGGUGUCGACACGUUGGAGAUGGACACUGUCUUCACCAAGGAUGGCAUCCCUGUGAUUUGGCAUGAUCAUUACAUCUACCCGACAAAAUGCACCGGUGACUAUGUUGGCCAGUUCAUCAAUGAAUUGACACUGGAACAAGUCAAGAGUCUGGACUGUGAUCUACAACUAGAAGAUCAUUUACAGCAAGAGCUCCACCCCGGCACCAAGAUCGCCACUCUGGAAGAAGUAUUGGAGCUGGUCAACUGUUACGGCGACAAGGGCGUGACUAUCAAUCUCGAGACCAAGAUCGAUCCCACGACCCCUGAGCAAACCUGGCCCGUUGAGAAGUACCUCGACAUAAUCCCCAUCCUGCAGAAACACGGCCUUCUCGAGCGCACCUACAUCCAAAGUUUCGACUGGCGCACCCUCAUCCUUAUCCACGAACAGCACCCCGCCAUUCCCAUCGUUGCACUCCUCGACGACACGACCGUCGUCCCGGACGCCAACGGCACCUACCCCUGGCUCGGUGGUCUCAACCUGGACGACUACGACGGAAACUGGAUCGCCGCCGCCGCCGCCAUCGGAUCCGACGUGCUCAGCCCCGUGCAUGGCUUCCCUUCGAAUCUGACCGUCAAUUCCCCCGGCUACACGCCUUUCACGACCAAAGACGUCGUUGAUGAGGCCCAUGAGCUUGGCAUGAAGGUCAUCCCUUGGACCGUCGAUUACGAAGUCACCAUCAGCAAACUCAUUGACGACGGCGUCGACUCCAUCAUCAGCAACUACCCAGAGCGCGUCAUAGCCGUUGCUAGGCAGAGAGGUCUGUCGGUGGGACGCGCCAGAAAUCCUAGUAAGCCCGAGUGCCUUGCAAACGCCAGCGGCUGA